AUGAGGGUGCACCUGGGCAUGCUGGCGGGCGCAGCGGCUCUGACCGGGGCACUGAGCUUCGUGCUCUUGGCGGCCGCCAUCGGCACGGACUUCUGGUACAUCAUUGACACCGAGCGGCUGGAGCGGGGCGGCCCGGGGGCGUGGGGCCGGGCGGGGGCCGCCAACCGCAGCCAGCUUGAACCUCUGAGCUCGCACUCCGGCCUCUGGCGCACCUGCCGGGUCCAGAGCUCGUGUGUGCCGCUGAUGAACCCCUUCUGGCAGGAGAACGUGACCGUCAGCGACUCAAGCCGACAACUUCUCACCAUGCAUGGGACAUUUGUGAUUCUGCUGCCGCUCAGCCUGAUCCUGAUGGUGUUUGGGGGGAUGACGGGGUUUCUGAGUUUCCUCCUCCGAGUCUCCGUCCUCCUCCUGCUCACAGGGACCCUCUUCCUCUUUGGAGCCUUGGUGACCCUGGCUGGAAUUAGCGUCUACAUCGCAUACUCGGCCGCCGCCUUCCGGGAGGCGCUGUGUCUCCUGGAGGAGAAGGCCCUCCUCAACCAGGUGGACAUCCACUUUGGCUGGUCCCUGGCCCUGGGCUGGAUGAGCUUCAUCGCCGAGCUGCUCACUGGUGCGGCCUUUAUGGGGGCAGCCCGAGUGCUCAGACUGAGACAGAGGCAGGACCAGGCCAUAUGAGCCCGAUGCUUGGUCUGGUGGGAGACAGGGGCCUGGCCUGGGGCCCCAGGGAUCCCUCCGUGGGCUGCAGCCUCCUCUUCCUCAAAGGCCACCAGUGGUGGGACCAACCCAAGGACUGCUGUGGGCUGAGCUCCAGGCCUGGCUGUCAUCUCUGUGCCGUCUGUGCUGCCUGGUGUGGCGUGUCUGUGUGUUUGUGCACGCGCGUGUCCGUGUGGGCUGGAGGAGGCCAUCGGAGUGCAGAACCCACCUCCCACGAAAUAACAGAUUAGCCCCUUGAUCAUAACCAGAACUUUCUGGAUGCAGCCCCGGUGGCCCUCCGCCGGCUUCACUUCAAUCCUCACCCCUCCUCAUUGCAUCAGCUCUGCUUCUUUGCUAAGGACACGAGAGACCAGAGAGGUUAGGUAAGCUGCAGAAAGGUGCACAGUGAGCUGGUAGUGUAUUCCUUGCUCCAAGAACAGUGCUCAAUCCCUUACCACAGUUUUCCUGAGCAGGUCCAGCAGGCUGGCUGCAGCGCGAUUGCUGUGUGUGGGGGUGCUG